UGGGCGGAACCUGUAUGGUGAUUCUCCAUGUGUGGAAGCAGGAAUGCCACACCUCUCGUGCGUAUCCGUAGUGUGCUAGGAUGUGGUCGGCGUUGUCCUCCACACACUCAAUCCUCGUCCUUGCCUCCAGUAUCAUCCAACCACCUUCUCCCGCUCUAACUCAAUCAAUGCGCUCAUCAAUCACUCGAUCCUCGUUUAUUUCGAUCCAAUCCAGUUAGCCAACUACUAAUCCCUACGAGUCUUUCUCUAUAUGAAAGCCAACACUGCUGGAGUCUUUCAGCAAUCAGGCACUCUCCUCCUUCCUAACAAAAGCCAUGGCCAGCGCGGCGGAGAGCUCUGGCGGCGCCACUGCCACCCGGCGCGUGCUGAUGUUCCCGCUGCCGUUUCAGGGACACCUCAACCCGAUGCUGCAGCUGGCCGACGUGCUGCACGCCCGGGGCCUCCGCGUCACCAUCUUCCACGCCGCCUUCAACGCCCCGGACCCUGAGCGCUACCCCGCGGGUUACCGCUUCGUGCCCGUCGGCGCCGGCGUGCCUACCGCCGACCUCGUCCCCACCGGCAGUAACGCCGACUUCGCUGGGGCGGUGCUGCGCAUCAACGAGCGCCUGCAGGCGCCUUUCCAGGACAGCCUCCGCGCGGUGCUGGAGGAGGACGAGGAGGGAGCGGCGGUGUGCCUCGUGCUGGACUCCAACCUCCGUGGGAUGCAGGUGGUCGCCGACCGGCUCGGCGUGCCGACGCUGGUGCUGCGUACGGCCGGCGCGGCCUGCCUCGUCGCCUUCAUGGCCUUCCCGGCGCUCUGCGACAAGGGCCUCCUCCCACCACAAGACCAUUCACAACUCAACAUGCCACUGGACGAUCUCCAACCACUCCGGGUGCGAGAUAUGGUCUUCUCAACCACAAGUCCACAUGAAACAAUCUCCACCUGUCUAGAAUGCAUCGUGGAAUCAGUAAGGUGUUCUUCCGGUGUCAUCUUCAGCACAUUCUGUGACCUCGAAGAUGUUGAGCUUCAAAAGGUCAAUGAUAGCGUGGGUGUCCCAGUGUACGCGAUUGGUCCGCUUCACAAGAUAUCUUCAGGUCCCCAGAGCAGCCUGCUGGCUCCAGAUCGGACUUGUUUGGAUUGGCUGGACAAGCAGGAGGACGAGUCUGUUUUGUUCGUGAGCUUUGGGAGCUUGGCGUCGAUGGACAAGGAAGAGCUAAUGGAGACUGCAUUGGGCUUGGCCAAUAGCCGCAUUCCAUUUCUUUGGGUGAUCAGGCAUGACUUGCUUCAUGGUUCAGAGAAGGUAGGCCUACCUGAUGGCUUUGAGGAAGCGGUACAAGGUACGGGAAUGGUGGUGAGUUGGGCCCCACAACAAGAAGUUCUUGGGCACCAAGCAGUUGGUGGAUUUUGGACCCAUAAUGGCUGGAACUCGACGUUGGAGAGCAUAAGUGAGGGUGUUCCAAUGCUAUGUAGACCCCAUUUCGCCGACCAGAUGAUAAAUGCAAGGUAUGUCCAGGAGGUGUGGAAGAUAGGAUUUGAGUUAGAGGGCAAGUUGGAGAGGGGGGAGAUUGAGAGGAAUGUUCGAAACUUGUUGUGCCAAGAAGUAGGUGGAGAAAUGAGGCGAAGGGCAAAAGAUCUGAAGGACAAAGCAACCCGAUGCAUCAAGAAAGGAGGCUCUUCGCAAACUAGAGUUGAUUUGUUGGUGAAUUUUAUAACGUCACUACCUUCUUCCAUUUAGAAGAGAUAUGUUUCCUAUUUUCAUA